CUCGCGAUCCCAGCUUGGACCGUUGGCGGCGCCGAAUUUGAAAUUUUGAACAGUUUGGUGCAGCUCGGGGAUUGUGGAGGUGGCAGCACGAGAAGAGCUGAAGAAAAGGACCGAUUGACAGGAGCUGAUUCGGCUGACGUGGCUCGCGAGCACCAUGGACCCGUUCACUGAGAAACUACUUGAACGAACUCGGGCUCGGCGAGAAAAUCUACAGAAGAAGAUGGCUGAGAGGCCCACAGCAGCUGCUCGACAAAUUGCAAAACGAUCAAGGGAACCUUUGACUGAGGCUAGCAACCAACCAUUGGAAGUUACUGAGGAAGUGAAAUUAUCAACCAAGCCUUCGCCAUCCAAAAGACGCUGUUCAGAUAAAAUGGAAACCCCAGUCCCUGGGGCAGAGAACAAAGAGCCAGAAACUCCUGUGUUUACUCCUGUUGCACAACCUCCUCCAAGUCAAUGUGUCGGGUUAACUGAGAUUCAGGAAGAGCAAAGGGUGAACCAAAGUACGCACCCAAUUACCUCUGUGAAGAAUCGAAUGCAAAGCCUGGUAGAACAACGUCGCCGGUGGGACUCUGAUGGUAAUGAAAUUGAUUUGUCUGUAUCAUCUGUACACUCAUGGAAGCCUGCUUCUCCUCCACCUGAGCAGAGAGUGAACACUGUUGAGUCUAAAACUCCAACUGAAAGAAGACGACGCUUUGCGAACCUUGCUGCAACAAUUAGCUCCUGGGACGACGACUUGAGCCAACCAACUAUAAAGCAAAACAAACCACCAGGACAGCCUGGUACUGCUUGUUUAUCAGUUUCUUCUACAGCAAACAGAGCUGUGGCUACAGACGAUAGUAGCAGUGUUAAACAAGCUGCAACAAGCCCUCAAAGACUAGUAGAAAGCACGGUUAAUAAAUCGGCCUUUACUGUCUCACAGGGAAGAGUUUGUUUGCCUAAAGUGCUCAGUCCAAAGAAAACUGAAGAGCUCAAGUCACCAGUACCUGAAAGGACACUUGCUGAGGAAAAAGUCCAGCCUAAUCCAAAGAAAACUGAAACCAAAACAUUACCAGCAAAAGGAACAUCUGUCCAGCAUCAGACCCAGCCUGGAGAUCAACAAACCAAAGCGCUGACAGCCCAGGUUCAGCCUAGAGACAAUCUAGCUACUCCAGGUGGUACUGGAGCCAAGUCUUUCCUGGAACGUUUUGGUGAGCGUUGCCAACAGCACGUUGUAUCAAGUCCUGCCCCAUCCACUCCUGGACAGAGAGCUCCCAAUGUUACACCCAACACAAAAGCAAUUCAGGAGCGACUUUUUAAACAGCAGGAACCUUCUGCUACAGCAAAUCUAACACGGCAACUUAAACAGGAGCGUGAAAAAGAAUUGGCUAAUAUUCGUAAUCGUUUUCAGAAGGGCAACUUGUGGAGUACUGAGAAAAAAGAAAACUGCUUCCCCAAGCUGUCUGAGGAUUGUGGUGAUCCUCUCCUUAGGAUCUCUGAGCAAAAGAGUCCAAAAGAUCCCAGAUUCCAGAUGAAUGCUUCACAGUGCCCUUCUCAAUCAACAUUGCAACCAAAUACAAAAUCGCCACUAAAAUCUGCAUUAACAGAGGCACUUGAACCUUCAUCAAUGAAAAUCUCUAGCUCAGCAAAUGCAGUUGUUUCAGGUGAACAAAACAUGAAGGAAGUUCCAAGGUGUCCUGUCAGAUUAAGUCCUUUCAAAAAAGUUACUGUUGUCUCCGAGCGACUGAAUGUCACAGAGAAUGCCACAAAUAAUGAAGAAAAGAGGGGUGAUGAUGAAAGAAGUACAGAUAAAGUUGAAACAGUGCGGGUAGUUGAGAUGAGUGUUGACAAUGAUGAAGAAAUUAAUAGUUCUGAGAUCAUUAAUGACCUGUUUGAUGGGGUACUGGAAGAAGAAGAAUAUGGAGAUGAAGAGUUGGAUGAGAGAAAGGUGUGCAGCAAGGAAACUGAAAAUGAAAUGGAGGAAAAAAAUGAUGAACUGAACAUAUCCUCAAUGUCACUACUUUCUCCAUUGGCAGAAACAGUUGAUACUGUCACAAAUCCAGAGAAGGACAGUAUUACUUCAGACAAAAUGAAGAAGGGAAAAUUGCAACAAGGACACAUAACCAAAGCAGAGUCUGCUGACAGUGUGGGAUCCUCAACAGGUGACCACAGCUUGUUAUACAGCAUUGAUGCCUACAGGUCUCAAAGAAUUAAAAAUACUGAGCGCCCUUCAAUGAAACAAGUCAUUGUCCGUAAAGAGGAUGUUUCUCAAAGACUUGAGGAAAAAAAUAGUGCAACUCUAAGUUCAGUUACCAUUAAACAGAAGAUGAAGAAUCUGAACAAUGAGAUAAAUAUCCAGCAGAGUGUUAUCCACCAGGCAAGUCAGGCUUUAAACUGCUGUACAGAUGAAGAUCAUGGGAAGGGAUCUCAGCAGGAAGCUGAAGCUGAGAGGCUGCUACUAAUUGCCAGUGAAAAGAGGUUGGCACUUCUUACUGAACUGAACAAACUAAAGAGCGAGGGGGUGUCGAUCAAUAAAAGAGGAGAUCACACAGAGAAAGCAGCUAGCGAAUUCGCUCCAUCAAGGGGCUGUAUUGCACUUUCAGAAAUCCGCCUUCCUUUAAAGGCUGACUUCAUCUGCUCAGUAGCUCACAAAAUGGAUGCUACCAGCUAUUAUUUCUUUAUACUGAUUAAAGCAGGAGCUUUAAAUAUGGUGGCUACACCCCUGGCCUCCACCCAGAAUGCACUUUGUGGAGAUGCUAUUAGUUUCCCCACAAAAUUUACACUGCAGGAUGUCUCGAACGACUUUGAAAUUGAAAUAGAAGUUUAUAGUUUAGCACAGAGCCGGGAGAGCAUUACUACAGACAAGAAGAAGAAACCUAAUAAAUCUAAGGCCAUUACUCCAAAGAGGCUGUUGACUUCAAUCACAAAAAGCAACUUGCAUACACCAGCUUUAGCAAGCCCUGGAGGCCCCAAUGCAGUGCGCACAAGUAAUUUCACCAUGAUUGGAUCCCACAAGUUCUCACUCUCUUCAGUAGGAAACACAAAAUUCCAACUAGAUAAGGUUCCUUUCUUGUCUCCUCUUGAAGGUCACAUUUAUGUAAAACUGCAGUGCCAGGUUGGUUCCACAAUUGAGGAACGUGGAUUUUUGACCAUGUUUGAUGAUGUCAGUGGUUUUGGAGCUUGGCACCGACGUUGGUGUGUCUUAUCAGGGAACUGCAUCUCAUAUUGGACCUAUCCAGAUGAUGAAAAAUACAAGAACCCACUUGGCCGUGUGAACUUGGCUAAUUGUACUAGCAGAAAAAUAGAACCAGCUAACCGUGAGUUCUGUGCUCGACCUCACACUUUGGAGCUCAUCACCGUAAGACCUCAGCGAGAAGAUGACAGAGAGACUUUGGUCAGUCAGUGCAAGAACACACUUUGUGUCACCAAGAACUGGCUGUCUGCUGAUACCAAGGAUGAACGCAACCUCUGGAUGCAGAAGCUGAAUCGGGCUCUAGUUGAUCUGCGGACUUGGCAACCAGAUGCCUGCUACAGGCCUCACGUGCUGUUGAAGGAGAUUGAGCACCAUUAUUAACCAGUUUUAUUUACCAUUUAAGUCCUUACUGGGACUGAAACAUUGAGCAUUGAACAAGUGCAGAUACUUGUGGCAUUUUGUACAUUAAAUGUUCUUGAGCAGUCAGUACACUGGCAAUAACCAAUAUACAGCAGUGACUGAAGAAAAUAUGUUUAAAAGCAGAAAAGAUGGUGCUUGAUUGGCCCAGAUUUAACAUCAUUAGGUGAAGGGGGGAAGAUAAAUCAUUUUGGAGGACCGUGAUUAUAUUAUAUAAUGUUUUAUAGAAAACAGCUUUGCCUUGAGCUUAUUGAAUUACAGGUGUUCUUUUGCAAUUGAAAAGAUGCCUCUGAACUUAGCACUUGAGCAAGUGUAAGAACAGCUGUAACUUUCAUGGUUGGGAUUUUAUUUCUAAAAUGUCGCUAUCAGGUAAUUAAGGAACUGCGGAUAGCAACUACUUGCAAAUAAGAGGAACUAAUGUUAUAAACCGUACCUAUCAAAUAUGUUAUUAAUUGUGUUGUCCUUCAGCCAUGAGGAAGAGCCAACUGGGUCCAGAAUGAUGACAUAGCUACCGAUUAUGUUUCUCCAUAUUAGCCAACAUCAUUCUUUUACAGAUGGGGCGGGUUUCAGGCCAAUCCCCUUCACUAUUGGAAUCAACUUCCAUUUAGUAAUCCAACCAACAAAUAGCAAAGUUUGCACAGAAGGGCAACUGACUUACAAGUUAAGCCCUUGUAAGGGCUGAGGCCUCUUGAUAAGAGCUCUGCACAUUACCCAGCCUGUUCAACUGUCACACCAUGAAUCCUAAGAUUGUUGGCCUGGCUCAUGGACUCAUUCCAGAAAAAGUCGAAUUGAAAUAUACAAACACUUGUUUUUCUGUAGUUUGAAGCACUGGAGUUUUUGAGGUACUAGAACACACUAUGCAAUAUUUUCAAACAUAUAUUUUCAAUAAUGCUGCUAUAUAUUACCUGCUUGAUGCUUGCAGGCUGUGACAUUUAACUUUAGCAAACAGAAUUUUAAUAAGAUUCUUCACGGUCAAAGAAUUUAUAGAGAUGUGUUAAACUUCACCUAUUGUAUUUGCCUUUUGUGAACAUCAUUGUGAAUUAUUUAAUAAUCCUACUUAAAAUAUGUUCAACCCUGAUUUUGAGCCCAAGUUCGUGAUGCCAUCGUAGAAUGUAUUGGAAAAGAUUUCACAUAGUUAUUGCCCCAGCUAUAGUUUACACUGCUAUUAAAUGUAUGCCAAGUAAGCACUGUAAUAUCACACUAACAAACUCAUGAAGUAUUAAAUGCAAAAUCUUACUAUUUCUUUUUCCAAUAGGUUUACAUUCUCUUUCUCUUCUAUGUUUGUCCUGUCUAUCUUCAAUUGGCUAUUUUAUAUAGUUUUAUUUCUUAAUGUUUUAUUGUUUGAUUACAAGACCAUGUUUUGCACAUUGUUUAAAAAUAAACUGCUCCAAAAUA